CAGAGGAGGUUACUUUGGGAAGCCACGCAGCUCACUCAUCCCAGCCUAGUAGUUCGGAGGGAGUGUGUCAUGUUACAGGGGAGCCACGAUCAGCCAGAGCACAACGUUGCAGGAGCAGCUGAGAAUUACCUCUCUCUAAUGGGGACUUUCAUGUGCGAGCUUCUGGCUGGUCUGCGAAGGAACUGAAACUGGCAGCUUAGAAGGAAACAAAAACCUACCAGCGAACCAAAAGAAAGACUGAAAUACAGGAGAAAAAAAAAAAUCCUGAUCAGAUUUCCCCCCUCCCUUUGCUGCAGUUGAAUCCUUUUUUUCUGCACCUCUUUUAUUUGUGUGUGGUUUGUUUUUAUUUUUUAAUAGACCCCCUCCAUCCACUUUUGUCAUUAUUGCUAUUUGUCAUUUGCUGGCACUGGGAUCCCCUUGGACAUUCUUUUUCUAUGCCUUCUGGAUUGUGCUUCUCAGAGUAGGAGUGAGGCUUUAUUUAUUCUAUUUAUUUAUUUAUUGUUUCUCAGGACAGGGAGGGAAUGUUGGAGGAGAAGAGCUGGAAAGGCGUCAGCGAAGCAGCUUUUGACAGGGGGUGCAUGGCUGCCCCCAGGACCGGCGAUGGGGAGAGAUGCUGUCGCCUCCCUCUCCUGCUGGGCUCGGGGCUGCCCGGUGUCUCCCUGCUUUCUCUGGUGCUGAGCCUCCUGUUGUACUUUCGGACCUCGGAUCUGCAGUCCCGGGUGUCCCACUUGGAAGCGGACAGACCCACACAGCUCCCUGCCUGGCUCUCAGCAGACCAAAUGGAGACAGCUAUUUUGGGAAGAGUUGACCAACUGCUUGAUGAGAAAUUAAAGUUCCACUUGCCGAGACAUCGAGAAGUUCGAGACACACACCAGCGAUGCAACUGCCCAGCAGGAGGCCGCUGCUUCCUCCCACUCGUCCACUCCUGA